AUGAGUGUCAAGUAUUAUCUUUGUAUUUUUUGCUCAAUCCUCAUUAGUGGGUUGCUAAUUGCCAGUAUAGCAGAUGUGUUCGAAUUCAAAAAUUACCGCCGACUUUACUCACGAUCCACUGUCGUGUUGUACGUCAGAAAGCGAAACGAGCGGCGUAGCUUACGUGAGUUAAGUCGUGGUGUGAGGCAGCGCCUCGCUAUAAGAAGGCACGGGAGAAAUCAAAACCCUCAGUUCUGCCCCAUUCUGCGCAUCGAUUCCAAGGUGAGAGUGGGAGACAUGUCUAGGGUUUUUGGUGGGUGCAGGGUCCUCAUGGUGGCGGCCAAGGCGGAGGCUGCCUCCCCGGCGGCCGAGAAGAUGCAGAGCGGCUUCCUCAAGCCGCACCCCAUCUCCCCGGCCAUGCAGAAGUUCGUCGGCGCCUCCGAGAUCUCGCGUAACGUAGCCAUUAAGAAGAUCUGGGAGCACAUCAAGCUCAACCAGCUUCAGGACACAGCAACCAAGAGUGAGAUUCACUGCGAUGAUAAGCUGAAGAGUAUAUUUGAUGGUAGAGACAAGGUUCGGAUGUUAGAGAUUUCAGGACUGAUAGCUUCUCAUUUCCCCAAACGUAAAUGAAAUCAACGAAGGAAUCGUGCUGUUGCUUUCAUGUUCCCAGUUUGAUCUACGUUUGUUGGUGUCAGCAGUGUUUAGGACUUUUUAUUUGUAGCAGUGGAGAAUUUUGAACUCCCCAUCUUUUCUAAGUGUGUUCUUGCGUAUGCUGUGGUAGAACUCUAGUCAUGCAGUAGUAACUCUUUGUCUUGUUUUAUCGUUCACUCAGAUGUUAGUGCAUUGGCUGGUCAUAGCAUUUCACUC